AUUAUGAUUUCAAACAAUGAAGAACAAGAUUUACAAUUAACAAAAUAUGUUAAUAAAAGUACAGAAUUUAAAAUUAUUAGACAUAUUUUAGAUACUAAGAAUAAUGUACUUCAACUUAGAAAAAAAAUACUCAAAGAAAAAUAUGAAGAAUUGGAUAAUAUAAAUUAUAAUGUGUGGAUUACAGAAGAUAAAUUUUGUAAUGAAAUUUGGAAUUUUUCUUUGAAUCAUAAUUUUAAUCUCUUUUUUAAUCAAAAUUUGCAUAUUAUGGAAGUAAAUAAAUUUCACGAAUGUAAAUAUAAUACGAUGAUCACUGAAGAUGUAAGAAACAUUAAUAUAUAUAACAAAAUAUUGAAAUUAAAAAACGAAAUUAAUAUUAUUAAUAAUGAGAUAAUACUCAUUCGUAAUAAAAUUACAGAGCAAGAUUUAAAAUGUCAUAAGUAUACAUUAGAUAAUUUAAAAUUAUUUUCAGAAGAAAUAUUAAAGCUCAUAAGAAUAAUAAAUCAAAAGUCAGGUACAUGUAUGAGUGCAGAAUUUAUAAGUGCAAGAAAAUUAUAUAAAAAAUAUAAUUUUCAUGGUAGUACCUUAACUGAAAAAAAGUAUCUACCUCUUUCAUUUAGAACUAUUGGAGAAUUCAAAGAAAAUUAUAACAUCAGAAGUAAUAUAAAACCUGGUCGAUUUGUUAUGAAGAAACCAAGUCAUAUUUCUCUUAAAUUUGAAAAAAAUUUAAGGAGUUCAUCAUAA